AAUUGCAGGGUCCCAAGUGGUUCGUUAGUGGUUCUUUUUAUACAUAAAAUCAUAAAUCUUUUUGAGUGCGUGUACGUGACUACAUGGUUGCUGUUUAUGGAGGAGUAUUGUGUGUUUCUAUCAUCCUUUCAAAGCUUCCCGAAAACCAGCUGUUCAUUAUACGCAUGCGUAUAUAAAGGGACGCAACUCUUGACUCGCAUGCGCACAAUGUCAUCAGGGGUCGCUAAUCUUGAGGCGCAUGCGCAUGGACGCAGUAUUUUGGGCCGAAUCUUUAUUGCGCGGCGGAAUGUUGUCCUUCGAAGGAGUUUAAAUAAAGAGCCGGAUGAUUUGAAUUUAAAGGUACAAGAUGGAGCUCCCAAACUACAGCCGACAGCUCAUGCAGCAACUGCAUGCUUUACGAAAAGAGAAGCAGUUCUGCGACUGCUCCAUCCUGGUGGCUGAGACCACGCACCCGGCUCACAAACUAGUGCUGGCGGCCUCCAGUAUGUUAUUUAAGUCUAUUCUGGAAGGUUCUGACAGCAUCUCGAUCGACACAGAUCUACUGUCCUCCCAAGAGUUUUCCUCUCUUCUGGACAUGGUGUACACUGGUAAACUGCCUCCCGGUAAACACAACUUCACACGUCUCAUCGCCGCUGCAGACAGCUUGCAGAUGUUUGAUGUGGCCGUUGGUUGUAAGAACAUUCUCAGUGUCCUCAUGAAGCAGACUUCUGUGGAAACCGAGCGGAUGGACCCUCAAGUUGUAAAACGUGACUGUGUUAAGGAGUCAUCUGAAUCGGAACAGGUUAACAGGGACAAGAAUGGUUUUGAAGAGGACAGUGCAGUUGAGUUGAUCUCCCGAAAUAAUUAUUGGUGUUAUAAAAAUAAUGCUGAAUGGAUGGUCGUUUGUGGAUAUGCAGAUGAGGUUUACCAGCGCCUGCUAAACUUUGUGAAAGUUGAGAAAGUUCUGUCAGCUCAAACAGUCCUUACUUUGUUAGAACAGCUAAAAUGUUUAAAUCCUGAUCCAGGAUCCGUUUCAGAGGAGCAGGGGAAUGAGAGCCGCCCCGAGCCAAAAGAUUCUGAAGCAGGUGUUCGGUGGUCUGGUGGGCUUUUAGACCAUGUAUCACAACUAUCUCAUCACCUUUCUAGUGUCAACAACCUCUCAGAGAUUUUGACCAAUGCGGUGAACAGAUGUAUAAAUGAAGUGGAAAAAGAGGCAGUGCUGCAGUGCUGUUCUGCUCCGUCCUCUGGAGAGGUGGUGGAAAGGUUGUUAUGUAAACUCCGAGAGAUGACCAUAAGUGAAGAAACCUUUCUGAUGCUGCUGCAUGAGGUGAAGGAAAGCUCCUCAGAUCUGCUUCAGCUUCUGGAGGCCCUGAAAGACGCAAGGGAUAAACCAACGGAAGACAGCAGUGGGAUGGAUUUGUUGAGAAUAUAUCAGAACAGACUCAUAGAGCUGAAUCUGGACCUCCAGCUCAUCAAACAGAGCCUUAAAAUGGGUCUAGAUAUGAAUGCAAAUGAGAAAGAGUGUAUUGAAGCUCUGCUGGCAGAGACAGGAGACGCUGAGCUGGUUGGAAGGCUGAUAUCUGCAGCAUUGGACGGUUCACUGCAGGCACUGACUGUUUGGAGGCUUCUGCUGUGGACAGAGACACACAGUCCAGAGCUGCGGCUUCUCAUGCAGGAGGUCAAGGAGAAGCCAAACGCUCAAAAGCUUCUGCAGACCAGUAAAUACAUAGAUGUGCUCUUCAAGCACAAAUCACUCAUUCUGGAAACAAUCAGUGACAUUUCCCUGCUCGAACAAGGUUUGGACGCAAUGGAUCAUGGGACAGAGCAUGUUUCUGAGUUUCUCCAGAGCUGUCGAAGAGCUGAUGGUGAGCUGGAGUCAGUUCAACAGACUGUGGAGAGAGUUUUGAGUCGUGACUCAGAGUUUGCCAGUUCACUUUGCCAGCUGCUGUCUGCCAACCAGCAGAACUUCCCACAGCUGAAAGACCUCAGACACACUGGGCCUCUGUCGGAUUCUGACUGUCCUGCAAGAUCUGAGGUUGAGCAGGAUGGAUCUACCGCAGACUCUGAGGAGGAUGAUGGAGAAGAUUCCAAAACAAAAGGCAGAAGAAAGGCUGUUCCUGUGUCCUACCGCUGCGAGUGGUGUAAUAAGACGUUUGACUUUAAGUGCCGUCUGAUAAAGCAUAAGAAAGGCUGUGCCCUCGCGCCGGGGAAGGAGCAGCGCUGCUCAGAGUGUUCACAGGCGUUUCCGACGCUCAAGAGCCUUCACCAGCACUGCAUGGAAGUCCAUGGUGGCCCUCCGGCUAAGAAGAAGAAAACAGAACUAGUACCAUGUGACAUGUGCGACAAGACUUUCAAACACUCUUCAGGCCUUUUGUAUCAUAAACGCACGGAACAUUUCGAGGAGAGGCCGUACGCGUGCGAGGAGUGCGGGGCGAAGUUUGCUGCCACCUCGUCUCUGAAAAACCACAUGCGUCUACACACGGGAGAAAAACCUUUCCACUGCAAACACUGUGACAUGAGCUUUUCUGUGGCCGCCGCGCUCUCCUAUCACACCAAGAAGAAGCAUGCUGAGGGUAAAAUGUACUGCUGUCAGUACUGCUCGGCCUCAUUCGCGCAGUCCUUUGAACUGACACGCCACGUCCGCACGCACACGGGAGACAAACCGUAUGUCUGCAGGGAAUGUGGCAAAGGCUUCAAACAAGCCAAUGGGCUGUCCGUCCACCUGCAGAACUUUCAUAACAUUACAGAAGCACAUGACUGCCAGAAAUGCCGGGUGAGUUUCUCUUCUCUGGACGAACUCCGACAGCACAUCCAGGAGGUGCAUCCGAAAGUGCGGUGGAUCUUAAACUGCAAGACGUGUAAAAAGGCCUAUCAGACGCUGUCUGGUCUGUGGUACCACAAUCGUACGGCUCACCCUGAGAGCGCCUCUGCCCAGGGCAACAAAGCCAUUAAAUCGCUGCUGCAGUGUGACAAGUGUGACAAGACAUUCAGCAACCGAAAUAGUCUGCUAAAACACCAGAUAACCAGUCACACAGAAGUGUGCUUGUGGAAGUGUGUGAACUGUGACAGAACUCUGACGAGCGAGCUGGAGCUGCAGCAGCACGUGUGCAGCGGUCAGUUGAGUCAGAUCUGCUCUGUGUUUAGCUGUAUGGUCUGCUCUCUCCACUGCCCCUCUGAGCCUGACUUCCAGCAGCACUUCCUGUCCAAUCAUCUGCAGGUCAUGCAAGAGGAAGCACAGACGCAGGCCCCCAGUGCUCAAACGGUGAUUCGGUGUGAGGGUGCAGCCGGUCAAGAGGAGGAGCAGGUGAUUAGCCUCGACCAGUCCCAGACUGAAGGGUCGCCGCAGGUGUUUGUGGCAAGUUUAUGA